AUGGAUUGGAAUAAUGAGAGAACAGUACCCUUUGUUCCUCCUCCAGGUUCUUCUUUAAGCUUCUUCUACAACUAUAACAACUACAAUUAUUCAGGAAUGGAAGCGAGUGAAGCGGCAUUGGGUGAGACUCAACAAAGGUUGCUUCCUGUAAUUGAUGAUGAAACGAAGAUGAUUAAUAAUGGAAAAGAUGGCCGAGAGAAGAAGAAGUCGAAGAACAAGAAGAAUAAAUUAACAAGUAACCAAGUUGAUGCAUUGGAGAGGAGUUUUCAUGAAGAAAUAAAGUUGGAUCCUGAAAGAAAGAUGAAACUUUCUGCUGAGUUAGGGCUUCAACCUCGCCAAGUUGCUGUCUGGUUCCAAAAUAGGCGUACUAGGUGGAAGACUAAGCAGCUUGAACACUCCUAUGAUGUGCUUAAACAAGAAAAUCAGAAACUUCAAGAAGAGGUUAUGGAGUUGAAGGAAAAGCUAAAAGAGAAAUCUGAUUGCAGGACACAAACAUUGGGCGAUGAAACAGUAGAAAGUCCGUUAGAAGGGUUGGGAUGGAGAGAGAUUGAAGGAUAUGAACCAUAUCCAAAUUCUCACAAUCAACAAGGAUCAACAAGUAGCAUUCAACAAGCUGCUGAGGGAUACAUCAACAGUUCUUUCAUUGUUGAAGAUUUUGACUCAGUUUCACUGCAUCAGGAAUGUCACUGGCCAGAGUUACCUUAUUAUCCAUAA